AUGACUUGUCACUUUGUUGGCUGGAAUUGUUAUACUGGGUCAGCUAAUGAAGGAAGAAUUCUUCUGAUUUGGCAGGCCAAUAUUGUAUCUGUUGAGGUUUUACAAGGCAGUGAUCAGUUUAUUCAUGCUUAUGUUAAAGAGUUGGGUUCGAGUAAAGAGUUAUGUUUGUCUUUUGUUUAUGGGAGGAAUACGAUUGAGGAGCGGUUACAGCUAUGGCAAGAUUUAUCUGGGCUGUCUUUUCCAGUCAAUCCUUGGCUUAUGGCUGGAGACUUUAAUGUUGUUUUUUAUUUUAAUGAUCAGCUUGGUGGUCGUACUGUUGCUGCUAUGGAAAUGGUGGAUACUCAGAGAUGGAGAUCUAUUGGGUUGGUUGAUGAACUUAGCACUAGUGGUUCCCAUUACACUUGGACAAAUAAGCAAGCUGCUGAGGCUAGAAUCUAUUCCAAAUUGGAUCGUAUAUUUAAAAAUGAAGCAUGGUUGGACUUUUUUCCUCAAUCUGAAGCCUAUGUUAAUUGGGAUAUGAUUUCUGACCAUUGCUUUUUCAUCAUUAAAACCAUAACAGCUUUGAACUUAGGCAUUAAACCAUUCCGUUUUUUCAAUAUGUGGGCUGACCAUGAAGGAUUCAGAGAGACUGUGUUGCAGAACUGGACUAAGCCGAUAAAAGCUCAUGGUUUAGAGAGAAUAAUGAAGAAAUUGAUGAGACUCAAACAUGUCCUUCGCCAGUUUUACAGAAGGGCAAUUGGUGAUGUUGUGCAUAAGUAUACUGUAGCCAAGGAGAACUACCAAUCUUCCCAAUGUCAGCUCCAAAAGGAUCCUCAUUCAACUGAUCUUCAAAGAGAGGAAAGGUCUAUAUUUGAGACUUUCUCUAGUCAAUCUAGAUACUAUGAUAGCUACCUUAGACAAAAAAGAAAAAUUAACUGGCUUCGAAUUGGUGAUGAUAACACGGCCUAUUUUCAUGCGUGUUUAAAACAGAGGAGAGCUACAAAUCGUAUCACCUCUUUUAUUAAUGAUGCUGGACAGAUUAAUGAGAAGUUUGAGGAUGUAGUGGCUCAUUUUUUGAAUCAUUUUCGUAGUAUUAUGGGCAGUCAUAGUACAGCUUCUGCUCCUAUUCAGAGAGAGUGUUUUAUUCAUGGAGGCAUAUUGUCUUUGGAUCAGCAGCUGAGGUUGAUGAAACCAUUCACCAAGAAGGAUGUGGAAGCUGCUAUGUUCAGUAUUAAUUCGAUUAAAAGCCCGGCUCCGGAUAGAUAUGGGUCGAGUUUUUUCAAAGUAAUGUGGAAAGAUUUGGGAGAAGAAAUAUCUGAUGCCAUCUUGGGAUUUUUUGAUCAUGGAAUGCUCCCAGAUGAGCUUAAUAGUGUAACACUCUCACUGAUUCCGAAGGUUGAAACCCCUACUAAGGCUGUGGAGUAUAGACCCAUAGCUUGUUGUAAUACACUCUAA